GCCUACCGGAGCGGAGACGCGCCGAGGUGUGGCGGUGGCGGUUCCCGCGCAGGUAGUUUAGCGCCGGGCCGCGCCCCACUCUACGUCCAGCGGGAGGCCGGUCCCCAGAUUUCUGCGGUGCGAGCGCCGCGUCUGCGCAUGGGCUCGGGAGUGCUGGCCGCUCGCGGCACAGGAGCGGCCCUGCUGCAGAUUCCCAGAGCAGAUGCUGAGCGGCACAGCCUUCGUACCCUGUGGUCGGAGCACAGCGUGUCACGGCUCCCUUGGUGAGCGGUUUGGCAAUUUCCUGUGAAGUCAAACAGAAUUAUUACCGUAUGACCCAGCAGGCCUUUCACUCCAAGUGGGGUUUCCUUGUGUGUCUGGUCUUGGAGGCUAACGUGUGGCAUCUGUGUGAGCAGUCUAGAGGCCAAGCUUUCCUGAAGCUCCUGUGACCACUGGACAGCAGCCCCAGCAUGUCCCAGUCCCAGACCCCAGAGCAGGUGCUCGAUACACAGGAGAACUAUGCCCCAAGCAAGAGGGACGAGGAUGUCGGAGAGGGGCCCCAGUGUUCCCAUCGCAUGCUCAACUUCAGUGAUGCCCUCCUGUCCAUCAUUGCCACCGUCAUGAUCCUGCCUGUGACCCACACGGAGAUCUCCCCAGAACAGCGUUUUGACAAAACUAUAGAGACACUUCUAGCAACCAAGAUCGCUGUCUAUCUGAUGACGUUUCUGAUUGUGACUGCGGCCUGGGCAGCACACACAAGAUUGUUCCAACUUAUUGGGAAUAUAGAUGACACACUUGCCUUACUCAACCUGGUGUGCAUGAUGACCAUCACCCUCUUGCCGUACACGUUUUCCUUAAUGGUGACUUUCCCCGACGUCCCUCUGGGCAUCUUCCUGUUCUGCAUGUGUGUGAUCGCCAUCGGAGCUGUGCAGGCUCUGAUCGUGGUGUAUGCAUUCCACUCUCCACACCUACUGAGCCCACAGAUCCUGCAGUUGCAGUCUGCCCACAGAGCCCUGUGCUGGCAGCGCAUCCUGCUGGUCAUCCUGCGCGGCCCCACACUGUGCUUCGCUGCGGCUGUCUUCUCCCUCUUCUUCUUUCCUGUGUCCUACCUGCUGAUGGCGAUGAUCAUCUUCCUCCCUUAUAUCAGCAAGGCCAUCAGCUGGUGCAGAGAGAGGCUCAUGGGCCAUGAGGACCCCCCAGCUCUCCCAACGGAGUUCACUUUCGACCUUUACGAGCUACUCAGUAAGGAGCGGAUGGAGGCCUUCAGUGAUGGGGUCUAUGCCAUCGUUGCCACCCUCCUCAUCCUGGAUAUCUGUGAGGACAAUGUUCCAGAUCCCCAGGAUGUGAAGGUUAAGUUCCACGGCAGCCUUGUGGCGGCGCUGGGCGUGUAUGGGCCUCGCUUCCUGGCAUACUUUGGCUCCUUUGCCACAGUGGGCCUGCUGUGGUCUACUCACCACUCGCUCUUCCUGCAUGUCCGCACAGCCACGCGGACCAUGGGGCUACUGAACACGCUCUCACUGGCCUUCGUAGGUGGCCUCCCACUGGCCUACCAGCAGACCUCCACCUUCGCCCAGCAGCCCCAUGAUGAGCUCGAGCGCGUGCGUAUCAGCUGCGCCAUCAUUUUCUUUGCCAGCAUGUUCCAAUUCGCCAUCUGGGCCACAGCCCUGCUGCGCCAGGCAGAGACGCUGCAACCCCCAGUGUGGUUCGGUGGCCAGGAGCACGCAUUCCUGUUUGCCAAACUGGCCCUAUACCCCUGUACUAGCCUGCUGGCCUUCGUAGCCACCUUCUUCCUGAGCAGGCUCAGCACUGCCAUCUUCCACGUCAUGCAGAUUGCUAUGCCUCCCACCUUCCUGCUCCUGAGCCUGCUGCUGCGUCUGCUGCGGCGGGGCCUGGGGCAGCCAGUACAACUUUGGUCAGGCACCACAGGCGAGGCUAACCCACAGUCCCAGCUCCUCCCUGCCCCUUGAAGGUGGCCAAAGAGCCCAUUCACCUGGGACCAAUGGGAGAGAGCCCAGUCCGGCUGAUGGUGGGUGCAGAUUGACAGGGCUGGGCUUCCUUUCUGUUGUGAAAUACCAUGUUGUUUCAGCAUC